AGGCAUGUAGCCAUCGUCAGCACAGCUACAAUCCCAUGGAUGACUGGGACCGCUGUGAACCCUCUCCUGCGUGCGGCAUACAUGGCCCAUUGCACAGACCUGAAGGUGACUUUCGUGGUGCCCUGGCUGGCGCGGUGCGACCAGGACACAGUGUUCCCAAACAACCUCAGCUUUGAGGCGCCGCAUCAGCAGGAGGUGUGCAUGCGCGAGUGGGUCAAGCAGCGCACCGGCCUCUCCCCAGAGUUUGACAUCGUCUGGUACCCGGGGCGAUAUGACCGCACGAUGCUGGGGAUCUUUCCGGUGGGGGACUUGACCAGGGUGGUGAUGGAGUGCAAGGCUGACGUGGUCAUCCUGGAGGAGCCUGAGCACCUGACCUGGUUCCACCACGGGCCGCGCUGGACAGAGCGCUUUAACCAUGUGGUGGGCAUCAUUCACACUUCCUACAGGGAGUUGAGUCGCCGCAAUGCGGGCAUCGUCAUGUACGGCAUUUCCACCGUCUUCAACUCGCUGCUAUGCGCCAUUCACUGCCACAAGGCAACAAGACCUGUUUUCCUUGACCAGGUUGUGAAGCUGUCAGACACGGUGCAACAGUUUCCGCGCUCGGUCACCAUGUGCGUGCAUGGCGCAGCCCCCAGCUUUGUGCAGGCCGGUGCUGCCAAGGCUGCUCCUACAGAGGGGGGCAAGCGGUUCAGCAAGGGCGCGUAUUUUCUGGGCAAGAUAGUGUAUGGGAAGGGGUGGGAGGAGCUGUUGGCCCUGCUGGACUUCCACCAGCGCCACACCAAGGACAAGCAGACGUCCCACCCCACCAUCGAUGCUUACGGCAGCGGCGAAGCAUUCGAAUCGGUGAGGAGAAAGGCAGAGAAGCUGAACCUGAGCAUCAAUUUUCUGGGCAGGAAAGACCACCUGGACCCUGCCAUCCAGGACUACCAGGUGUUCAUCAAUGCGAGCACAAGCGACGUGGUGGCUACCACUAGCAUGGAGGCGCUUGCGAUGGGCAAGUGGCUCAUCUGCGCGAAGCACCCCUGCAACGCCUUUGUGAGCACCUUCUCCAACUGCCUCGUCUACAGCAGCCCCGCCCAGUUCAGCGACCACAUUGAGCACGCCCUCAAGCAGGAGCCCCCGCCGCUGUCUGCAGACGAGCUCAGGAAUCUGGGUUGGGAGGCGGCGACAGAGCGCAUGUUGGAUGCC